AAAUAUUGGAUUCUUCGAUUUUCAAUGUAUUGUCAUAUGUUUUUCUUUAUCGUCGCUAUAAUUCCGAUUAUUUAUUCAAUUUAUUCACCUCAUUAAUAAUAGUUUCAAAACAUGACUGGAUAUAUGUACAUAUUUAUAUGACAUAAGAAUAAAUAAGUUAAUAUAAAACAAUUCGCGUAUCAUCAUUAUACGCCAUGGAAUUGUGAUUAAGAGUACACUUUUUACAGGUUAUUUUACGCGUAACUACCUGUUGCUGAUCGUAUUAACAAUAUUGUCGUUCGACUGUGCGGCUUCCUUAGAGCCGCAGGAUACAGUGUUGAUCAAUUUCUCUCGAAAAUACAAUGACUCCGGAGUGGUGAAUCAUUAUGUACCGUUCGAAGAGACGACGAAUAUUCCUCGAAUAAUGGAAAUGGACGAAACAUCGAAGAACACGUCGUUUUCUCUAACGAUCGAUUCAACUGCUAUGGAGAACAACGAAAAGAUUCCAUUUGGAGUCAAUGGACGAGAAGGUCGAUAUUAUUAUCGGCGACCAUCUUCUCAUUUGCAAGUCAGAUCCUCUCAACGGGUUCACUCGAGUACGACCGAAAGCAUAAGUAAUGCCGAUAUAUCGUUAUCGCAAGAGAAUGACAUCCAAAUAGAAGAAAUAUCUUGUCGCGAUACGGAUGACGAUGUAUUUUUUAAAGCAUCCGUAAAAACGACUACGUCGAUGGAAUCGCCCGUGAUAGAUAAUGUAGAGGAUGAGGUAUGUAAAUUUACAAGAGUGAAAAACGAGUACACGAUCAAUUUAGAAAAGGAACGAUUUCGACAUUGCGGCGUUGUUGCAUGUUCGACGGAAACCGAAAGAUUCUACUGUCUCGAUCUAAGAUUUCCACUGAUACCGGGUCUUAGAUUGAAAGACGACACGAAGAUCACUUUGCGUUGCAAAGUACAAGAAAAGAUUGUUUCUCGUACGAAAAAAAUCAAUGUGAAGACUAUCGAUACAUCGGCGAGAAUGGUACCUCGCGUUUUUACUGGUGGCUCUCAAAAUAAUUUGGAGAUCGACGUCGGACUGUUUCGAAAGACAUUUCAUUCCGAGAAAGUUUUUGACACUAGAAUACAGUCCGGAGAUACCGUUAUUUUGGGAGAAGAAGUAUUAUUGCGCGUUCUCGUGCGAGAUGGAAAUGGCUGGCAAUACUCGAGGAUCGGUGAAUUGACGGUUCAUUAUAUAGAAAAGAGACAACGAAAGAAAAUAAUGAACAGUUUAUGGAUUUUGGAUACCAAUGGAUGUUUGAAUCCGGAUGUUCGAAAGAUUUGUUCGAGAGAACAGUAUCGAAUAUCGCCUUUGGAAACUUAUCUUAUCUUUCAAGCUUUCAUGUUUGAAAAUAUGAAAGAGAACGACGAGAUAUUUUUAACUGUUAAGGUAACGGGUUGUUUAGAAGGACCGGAUUGUAUUUUGAAUUGUCCAGCAGGUCAUAACAGAAGAUCUAGAAGCGUUAAAACUCAUAAUAAUACCAUCGAUUGGGAAAAUGACAUUUCCUUUAGAGUUAAUCUUCCCAAAGAAAAGAUCGUUCGAGAAGAUCUUUUUCAUUUUCACUUGGUCAUCCCUUAUGUCUUUGUUGCUUUUGCGUUAUCGAUUAUAAUGGCUUUGCUUUGUACAAUUAGAAUACUUUUGAAACAAAAAAUUGCGAGAUAUUAAACAAAUGUUCAAUCAUAUUUAUUUUCA